AUGCUCAAGCAAGUGCAUGCUGCAUGCUGGGAAUCCGCAAUGACCAUUAGAGUUGCGGCCACGGCCAAAAUCGAAGUUUCGUUGCAAAAUCCUACAGGAUGUUUCGAUAUUCCCCGCUUCGACACAGAUGGCUUCACGGUGUCAAAUGUAGCUGUUCGUCUUUCGAGGAAUGAUACAAAUCAACCAAGAAUCGCUGUGUUACUGAAUUGCCAUUACGACAGCUGGCCAAGCAGAGCAGGAGGUUGGCAGGGAGGAAGACGAAAACGAAGAACAGUAACCUGCUGA